CAUGUCUUUUUCGGACCACGCCUUGUCUCUCCUGCUGCUAGUUUCUGCCGGCGUUGUGGUGCUCCAGCCGUCCUCGUCGCUGGCUGUGCUGCUCGCUCUCGCGGCGGCUGCCGUGAGUCCGUGGGCAACCUGGAUCUCGAGCACACCGAAGGCAUGGAAGCUGCAAGCCGCGGAUGCAUUGACUGAGGUCGUUGAGCCCGUCCUGUCGCGUUCCUUGCCUCCUGCAUUGGCGGCCUCGCUGGCAAGCGAGCACACCUCCAAGGCGAUGGCGCAGUUGACGACGACCUUCUUGGAGGAGUUGCGCGCGGACCAGCGUGUCCACACUGCGGUGUCCCGCAUCGUCCUAGACAUGCUCGUUCAAAAUCCAGAAGUGAAGUCAUUUGUGGUGGAGUUGCUCACAGAUACGGCCAACACGUGCAUGGAGGAGUCUCGCAUGCGUGACGCUUGGAUGGAUGUGAUAAAGAGUGCGGUCAUCACCGCCUUGAACGAUAAGAAUUUCAUGUCGGCGAUUACCGACACGAUCAAGACAAGCUUGCAGGACAGAGACAUGUACAGCGCAGCUGCGAGGGGCGCGGUAGGGGCGCUCAAUCCUUUCAGGAGUAGGAAGGAUCGCUCUCCGACCCGAUGA